CGUGAGGCUCUUUCCGUUUCCGGGUAGCGGCCGGUCCGCCCGCCGGGGCCCUGCGCCAGGGCCGGCAUGGACGGGCCGCACUUCCCUUCCCCGGGAUGGACGGGCCGCGCUUUCCUUCCCGGGAUGGACGGGCCGCGCUUCCCCUCCCGCGCCCCCCGUCGGCUCCGCGGGCAGCGCCAGCAGCACGGCAGGGAGGCGUUGCUGGGCGGCCGCUGCUGCGCUCAGCCUCCCCCCGCGGGCCCUCGCAGCCCCCCGGGCGGGGUCCGGGUUUAUCCCAGGCGGACGUGGGGCUCCCUCGGGCCAGGCUGUGUGAGGGUGAAGGCAGAUCCCUGGAGAGGGGGCUGAUGGCUGUGCGGGGGAAGCGGCGGGGCUGAAGCGUGCCGGGUGCGCCAGUGGCAGCGGGGAGGCCGCUCUCGGACCCCCGCAGGCGGCGGAGGCUGUGUGUGGGCAGCCGGCACACUGCUGCAUGGGUCUGUCUCCUUCCUCGCUAUGGCUGUGUCCGGGCACCGAUUUGACUGCGUUCAUUUGCCCAGCUUCUUCAAAUGCGAUGACUCAGCAGCUCCAGGAGGAAUUUGACAGCAGCGUGGAGAAUGCAGAAGCUUGGAUGAAGGCCAUCCAAGAGAGACUGAAGAUCAAUGACAACACCAAAGGACCUCGAUCUGCCCUAGAAGCCAGACUGAGAGAGACUGAGAAAAUACGUGCCCUGGAACCAGAAGGCAGCUUGAAAAUGGACUUGAUUCUUGUGAAGGCAGAUGCUGCUCUUCGCAGCAUCAGUGAGGAUAAGAAGCAUGAGGUGCUCUCUAAACUGAAAGACAUUAAAGCCUUGUGGGAAGAGACAGCCAUAUACAUUACUCAUUGUCACAGCCGCAUUGAGUGGGUCUGGCUGCACUGGAGCGAGUACCUGAAAGCCCAGAAUGAGUUUUACACAUGGAUCCACAACAUGAGGGUGACCUUGGAGCCUGACAUUGAGUUGCAGCUUGGCUUAAAGGAGAAGCAGUGGCAGCUGAGCCAUGCUCAGGUUUUGCAGAAUGAUGUCCUAAAUCAGUCAGUCCUGCUGGAAAGGCUGCUGGAGGAAGCUGCUUUGUUGUUCAGCAGGAUAGGUGACCCCAGCGUUGAUGAGGACGCUCAGAAGAAAAUGAGGGUGGAGUAUGAAGGAAUCAGACAAGAAGCUCAGAACAGAGUGAAACUGCUUGAAACGAUAACCAAGGAACAUGAGCAGUACAGCGCCAGUGUCAACCAGUUUCAAUCGUGGCUCAGUGGUGUCACAGAGAGAUUAAACUGCUGCACUGGAGAAGCAACCACGUCUUCAGCAGAGGACAAGCUAAAGGCACUGAAGGAAAUUGCCAAAGAUAUUAGGAGUGGUGGAAAGAAAUGGAAGCACCUUGAAAAUCAGUGUGCAGAGGUGAUUCAGAAUACCUCUCCACUUGGAUCUGCAAGACUGAAGGAUGAACUUGAAGAGCUAAGAAAAGCCUUGGAGAAGUUGAAACUGCUGAGUAGUCAGGAGGAGGAGAGAUUGCUCAAGAUCCAACAGUCUGAAAGUGCCUAUGAGUCCCAAGCCAGACAAUUAGAAGCAGACAUCCAGCAGCUCAGGAAAGAUUUACAGAGACUGGAAAAUGACCUGGACCCUGGGGAAGGGGAAAAGACUGAAGAUGAGUUUUUAAUGCUGUGGAAAAAAUGCAAUGCAACAAGGGCAGCUCUGGCUGCAGAAGAGUCAAAGAUUGAGAGGCUGAAGGCUCAGCUUAAAGAACUGCUACGGUUUCCCCAAGAUGUGCAGCCACACAUUGACAGUGUUGUCUCUGCAAUACAGCAGUAUCAAAGUGUUAGAAGCAAGACUUCUAAAAUGAGCGCUGAUACAGAAACCCAGAUGUGGAGACUCAUCCAAGAUCCCCUGCAAAGUUUUGAGCAGUGGAAGCCAUCGGUCCAGAUGCUCCUGGAGACUCCAGAGCCAGAGCUGGCUCACAUUGAGGCUGCUCUAGCUGAAAGCUCCCAGUUCAAAGAGAAGCUGAUGACAUUACAGAUAAAGAAAGAUGUGCUAAACAAUGUCCUUGGUGAGGAAAAAGCAGAGUCUUUCCUUCAAGAAGUAGCUGAAGCUUCAAAGGAGAGAGAAAUUCUACACAAAAGUCUGCUGCAAAGCAAGAGCAAACUUCAGAAUUUGAUAUUGCAGCAUAAGAACUUUGAUGCUGGUUUUGCACCAUUGCAGAAGAAAUUAUCUGCCAUCAAAGCCAAAUUAGAUCUGGAGAAGGAACCACGGCCUGACUUCUUGGGUAAAAAGACACAACUCCAGAGACUCCAGAUGAUCCAAGAUGACUUGGCAGAGCUUGCAAUUCACAUGGAGGAGGUAGAGAAGCUUGUUCAGUCAAAUACCACACACAGGCAUGAAAUGAACCAACUUUCAUCUGACUCUCAAGCCCUGAAGAGAUCACUGGAGAUGAUGAUACAGCAGAGUGAAGACCACAUUCAGAAGCACUGGGCAUAUAAUGACAAACUGUCUGACCUCCAGCAGUGGAUCUCAGUAACCAGGGAGAAGAUUGAUUCCUGCCAGGAUGCUGAUGGAGAGCAGAACACCGAGGGCAGGCUGGAAGACCUGGAGAGAUUGCUGGCUGAGUUUCCAGAUAAGGAGAUCCAGCUGCACCUUGUGGAAACUCGUGGCCAGCUGGUCAUGGAGAAUUCUUCUCCAGAGGAGACUGCCCGUGUCCAGGGAGAGCUGGAUCAGCUGAAGGAGUCAUGGAAAUCACUGAAGGAGAUGGCAACUGGCCUCCUCAAAAAGUGGCAGUUAAGUAGACCAGUGGCUGACAAGAAGAAGAAAAGAGCAUUUGUGGACAGCAGAUGGAUGUCCAGACCUGCUUUCCACCUUUUUGAUGUCGAUCCCAGCCGUGAGCAGGAGAAGAUGGGAGAAGGGAAAACUACAAGCAGCCACUUGAAACUCCUACAUGACUUUGAAGAGUGGUUACAAGGAGAAAACGCUGAACUGACCAAAAUUCUUGCUGGGACUCCAUCUUCUGCAGAGGAAAUUAAGGCACACCAGAGCAAACUUGAGGAGCUGCAGUCUCGUGUGCCUCAAGGUCAACAUCUCUUUGAGGACCUCCUUCAUCUUCAUCCUGUCGUGGGGAGUUCUGAAGACCUGGAGGACCUGCGCUACCGAUGGAUGCUCCACAAAUCCAAGCUGAGAGAGGCCCUGGGCUCACCGAGUGCUGGAUCUUUGGAGGAACCAGACAGAUUCAGAAAGCAGCGCUCUGGAGGCGUGUGCUCGUACCUGCGCCGCGUGUGCCGGGCAGCGCUCCCCCUGCAACUGCUCCUGCUGCUGCUGCUGCUCCUGGCAUUCCUGCUGCCCCUGGCAGACAAGACCCACAGCUGCACCCUGGCCAACAACUUCGCUCGCUCCUUCAAGCUGAUGCUGAGAUACGAGGGCCCACCUCCCACGUAACUCCUUGGUGCGGCACGAGGUGACGGCCGAAGGGCAGACUCUGUGUUCUUAACUGCAACUAAUUAGUACAUUUUAGGGCUUCUAACACAGCUAUGCCAACGGGAUAGAUCACAUAAUGCAACAUAAGAUUAAUCCACUUUAAUCAGGUAUUUGAGCAAAAUUAAUAUUUUUACAAUUUUUUAUUAUUGUAUUUAUGAUAUGUAUAUAGAGAUUGUGUAUGUGUAUGUAUGUACAUAUAUAUAUAUAUAAAAACACAUAUCUGUGGUCAAAAUAACAACCACCAUCCACUCAUCCACUGUUUAAAGAUAAUUCUGCAAUGUUUCUGCCGUCUUUCAGCAAGCAAUACUGAAGGAUGGUGUUGUGGGAUUUUCUGGGUGAUUUUUAACAUCACAUUCUGGUUUACAGCUGAAGUCAGAGCAAGUAUGAGAACACGUGGUCAUGCACCAGAGUGCAAACUGGAGAGCAGGCACAGUAGAAUCAUGUUUGAAUAGGGUGGUUGUCAUUCAGCCCAAGGAAGAUUGGGACUAUUCUCUUUGAAUUCUUGAGCUGAUUUUUCAGUAUCUGGAUACAGGGAUUGCAGAAGCUAAUAGAAAUGUUUCUACUGACUUCAGUAGGAGUGGGAGUGGACCUCCUCUUGUUCUUAUUUUUUACAAGAUUUCUUUUCCAAUUACUGUAUUCUCCAGCCCACCUGAAUCAGGAGAGGUGGAAUACAGUGGGAAUAAAGCUAGAAAAAAAAAAUCUAUUUUUUUAGCAUCUCUCUAGCAGGAGAACUUUUAAAAUCAGGUCAUAAUUUUCUGAACAAAUUUGUGAGCACUGAACAAAACCUUAUAUCACCAAUCCUGUCUGUAAAAAAGAGUAGGUUUUUUGUUAGAUUUUUGUGUUUGUGGGGUUUUGUGGUUUGGUUUGUUGGAUUUUUUACUUUAUAAAGAGGCAUUUGGUAACAGAUUAUAAAGCCUGAACAGUGGAAUGCGGCCUCGCUCAGUGUCAGUAAAGCAAAAGUUGGAAGUACUUUAAUAAUACCACCCUGGAAAGAAGAUUCCUACCUAGGAUUCUUUUGUAUUAAUGGUUUAUUGAAAUUGUGUAAACUGAUUGUAUCAAAGAUAGUCAAGUAUAGAUUUCUAUGUAACCUAAACUCUAAAAUUAUGGCAAUUUGUCAUUUAUUUACUUAACCCUAUGUCUGAUUUAUCAAAUUUUUGAAUGUGCAUUAUGCAUUGCCUUUAAUGUAAAAGCAGUUCUCACUUCAGAGUGAUGAAGCUAUUUUUAGUGGUGUUUUACCUAAUUGACCACUGAGAGAAAAGGUAAUUUCUAAAAAUGUAUGCCAUUUCUGAGAGCUCUCCCUUAUUGUCUCAUGGUUUUAGCUACAGUAGUAAUCAUGAAAAAAAAUUAACAGAACAAAAAAUUAACAGAAGAAACAGUUAUUUUCCUUCUCCUGGCUAUGUUGCAGAAGGAAUUUCUCUUCUGUGUAUCAGUAUAUGGGGUACUCAGUGUUGUUUUCUGCAUAAGGUCUAAAAUAAUAUUGUAGCUGACUGAAGGAAGAAGGCACUGAUCUAACAAAAUCAUUGAAGUUCUGUUCAAGAAGCAAACGUGUAGAAUCAGGAGGGAUAACAGCAUGGAGCUCAGUUUAGGCACGGGAUUAGGAGAGCAGGGAGUGUGAAAGAGGAGCAGCUAAACAUAGAGAGGAGAGGUGUCCAUCAAUUUGUAAAGCCUUGGAAAAGGAGUCACAAUUAACACAGAGGACAAAAGCACAAGCUCCAUGGAGGAAAAAAAUCUCAGAAUACUUUUGGCUCCCCUUCCCUUCUACACUGUUGGUAAUAUUACAUAUUAAAUGGCUUUUCUUCAGUUUUCAAGGUUUAAAAUGGGGUAACAGGGCUUCUACCAGUGUUCUGAGGAGACUCUUCCACCACCAGGACUCUGUCACUGUGUUCCUAAUGUUUCUGACUAUACUGGGUUUGCUAGUGCUGGAUUAAAAUGCCAAAAGUGCUAAAAAUGUAAAGAGUGGAAAUUAAAGGAGAGACAACAGGGAUGGUGAAGGUACCACUCAAAGAGCAAGAGAAGCAUGGAGCAGGAGCUGGCCUGAUGUGGGUUAAAAACCUGGCUGUCAGGAGGUAGCACAAGAGCUCUCAGAAGGGACUGGAAGCAGAAAGGUGAGGAGAGUCUGUGUGUGCUGAGCAAUAAGACAUUCACUUCAGAAGUGAAGGAAGGCCUGUGAUUUCUUUCAUGGAGGAGCCACAUGGAGGGGAGCUGUAAUUUGUCAGAGAAGGGGGCAUAUUAAUUCCUUCCUUGCAGCCAUUCUUUCUGGUGGCAGAGGACAUACCUCCUCCUCUCCUGAUUAGCUGUGCAAGUGCCUUGCACAUUCCUCUAAAAAUUGCUGCCAGCCCUGGGGGAAGAAACCCCUGUGGCUGCCCAGCAGGGAGUUAAUCAUCACACACAUCUCCAUGUCAAAUUAAAUCUUCCUUUAGAAAAGAAGUGUGGGGGAAGAGGGGCAGUAACAAAACCUGCUCUGUGUGGUUGUGGAUGUGUGUGGGUGUGCACACACCUUUCUGUGAUAUAGCUACAUUGCAGUUCUCUGGGUUUUGCUGAGCUGAUCCAGGUGAUGAAAGUAAAAUACCAGUGAGAAAGUAAAAAUAAUGAAGAAUAAUAAAGCUGCAAAUAGAAGUCAGUAGGGAGAUAGAAAAGUUUUCUCUAUAAAAGCACAAAAUCUCACAUCAGAUUUCUUUCUGCCGAGCCUUUCUGAUCUGGGUGAUUUGUAUGGGUUCACAAAUGCAUUUGACACCAUGGGAGUGUGUAACAGAGAGAAAAAAAUUCUGCACAGGAGAUCUUACAAGAACAACUGCAUCAUCACCUUGAUGUUUCAGUGUGGUGGCAGGUUUAAAAAAAAUAACCAAACAACUAAAUUAGAAACACACUUUUGCUUCUGGGUUUGCAAUCAGUUUAUUCUGUAAGUCCCCUGUCUGUAAUCUUGGAAAGUUUUGCUUUAAAUCUCAGUCAAUCCAUUCUCAUUAACUUAAAUAAUCUGAAUAUCUCACAGAAGUGAUGAAUAUUUCUACUUCUUUGAAAUGAAAACUAUCCAUAAUGUUCAUAUCACUGAAAUCAAUUUAAGUCUUCCAUAAUGUCAUUUACCUCACCUGUCCAAGGCAGGUGUGAGAUUUUUCUGGCAAAGAAAGAAAGAAGAGAAUCACAAAAGUAAGCUUGAGAUGUAAAUGCAAAAUUUACUUUCUUUUUUGCUCUCUUGUGGUUUGUUUUUGUUUUUUGGGGUUUUUUUUUUUCUUUUUUUUUUUUUCUGAAAAGUUUGCAAUACUGAUUCCUGGAAGUGUGUGUAAAUAUUAAUCAAGUUAGUAAUUGGAAUAAUGAGUCCAGCUUCCAGGAAACUGUACAAAGAUCAGUUUCCUCAAAACACAAACUAAAUCCAAAGGAUUUAGUUUUUAAGGACUGGUUUCUAAACCAGUCCUUAAAAUCUUGAGCAGAGUUCCUCAUCUUUGCUCACAGAUGAUUUGGUGGUUAUAUGCUCACUUUUGUGCCUAUAAAAUCCCCAGCUCAUACAUCUCUGACAUCUAGAUGUAACUGAGAUGUGUUACAGCUCAGGUUCACACUGGGGCCACUGCCUUAAGCCUUCCCUUGCCAAAACAUGGGGUGCACAGAACCCUGGCUGUGUCUGCAGCUGAGGACUUUCACUAUUUUGCCCCAGUGCAGAUGCAGCCACAGUCAAAGGGUGCUAAAACCUUCUGAAACAUGCGGAGCAUGUUUGAGGUUGUGAGUGGUUUGUGCACCUACACUCCCUGCAGACACCCAGCCUGUUCACAGAGCUCUGUCCCAGCUCCUGCCUGCACCUUUGGACCCAGGAGCUGCUGGCCACGUCAAUGACCCUGCAGCACUCAAGGCAAAACCCUGCACUGCAUUGCCCAUGCCUUACAGUAAGGCAUUACCCAAAGGCACACUCCAAACCCAACCUUUGGCAUGAAAGCAAGCCUCAUUUGUAAACUGUAAUUGAUUUUGAAGCCUGAUGCUUUCCAGAGAAUUUUCCAUGGCAGCAAGGUAGAGGCAUUUUCCAGGUAUUGAGGUAGAAAAUUGCCAUUGUGCCCCAUGUCUAUUAACAGCCCUUUCUCUGAUUACAGCCAGCAAUUUAAAUGGUAUUAAAUAUGAUUUAUAUAUGCCCUCUCCAGAAAUACCUGUAUGAAAAACCUCUUCAGUUCUAAGCACACACAUUUAAAAUGUUGUAUUCCUCUGCUAGCACUCGAUCUCCAGAGCAGUCAUGAUUUCUACCAAGUGUUGCUUUAUUUGUGCUGACCAAGAGACUUAGAAGACUCAAAUAUUUGAGGCUGUAAAUAAAGCUACUAGGCUAACCAAUAAAACUGCCUAGUGAUCACUGAAUAAUUUGGACAGCUUUUAGAAUAGCUUUAUGCUUCUCCUUAAUCCCUUUUGCUGGAGUAUUUGUAGACCUUGGAGAAAAGAAAUGUCUGCAAACAUUGGCCAUUCCUAGACAGAGAGAUGGUGAUCUCUGUAGAUCAGAAGAAAUAGUAUUUUCUCUUUAGUUGCUCUAGACCUCAGGAGUUUGCUAUAUCUGAUCUCCUUUUCAUUAUUAAAUAGGGAAUGCUUUACUUUGAUGUGUGUGCAUACACAUCUCAUUAGCGCUAAAGAGAUUUGAAGAGUGAGUUCAUGUACAAUAAUUCUUUUAACUUGUGUUGACACAAGAGAGUACAUUGUCCUCUUUUCUUUAGGGAAAAAAACAACCAAAACUGCUGUGUGACAGAUUCCAAGACCAAACAAAGCCUUUUGGAAUAACUGGAUAUUACAGACUGAAACUAAAUUAUUCACCAGAGAAAACUGGAAAAAUAGUUUGCCUUUCAAGUAAUGCUGGUGUAAAACCCCCAAUAAACAUGUCUUUGCCAGGUAUCAUAGAUGUCUUUCAGGUGACAGGUUAUGUACCCAGCUGGCUGUAAGAGCUGCUUUUGGAGAGUUGACUACGCCAUGGACAGUAUCCUUUGCUAGGGUGCAGCAGAAAACACAUUUGUCCAGAGAACUACACCAACUUCUGCCAGAAUCACUGGGGGCUGUUGAGGAUGUUCUUAGCAGCUUCCAGACCACUGACCUCCUCUGAGCCAUUGCAAGUUUAUUGCAUUAAUUUAUCUGUCACAGGUUAGCAACUCUCAGAAACCAGUUUAUUAAAAUACUAAAGAUAAUAUUUCUGGUGAAGGCAACAUAAGUCAUUGAGAAACCAAUCUUACUACUUUUGCCAUAUUUAAAAAAAAGAUAUAUAUUGGUUAUACUGGAUAUAAACAGGUUAGUUGUAGGUGUUGGGUAACUGCAGGAUGUUUUAGGCAUAAGGCAUUUUGACUUGCACCUGUCCAUUUAAGAAUUGUGGGAUCAUGUUACUCUUGUUAAAUGGUAAAACAAAACAAAGAUUCUUGAAUUAAAAAAACAAGCCAAACAAACAAAAAAAAAAACCCAAAAACCAAAAAACAACCACCGAACAGAAAACCCCCCCGAAAACAAAGUAGGAGGAAAUAAUCUGUCACACAGUUGGUUUUUUAAUUAUCUCUUUCCUAUCCAAUUUAAAAUAUAAAUAUGUGUCUACCAGAGGCUUAUCAGUAGAUCUGGAAAAAAGGGAAUAUAUAUCAGCAAUAUACCAGUUCAAACUGUAGCCUAAAGGGCACUUCUGUUUCCAAUCUGCUUUGGGAAAUGCCAGAUUUUUACCUCAUUGUACCUGUGAUAUAAGAACCCUCGUCCUAGUAACCCUCCUCCUUACCCACCUUACCUGUGGGUAAAGUGAAACUGCAGUAUCCCAGUGGAAGCAGCAGAAACAUUAGUUCUUCCAAGGGCAGCCAGAUGCAAGAGGAGCUCAUAGGUGUGGCACAAUGAGAGCAGUCCAGCACUAAUGUCAGACAGAAUUUGGACAGCAGCUGGCAGCACAGUUCAGUUUCAUGUCCCUGACUGUGGAAGAAGGCUCCCCUCAGGCUGAUUCACUCGAGCUGAGAUUUGAGCCCUGGAAGUAUUUUUUCUGUUCAUUAUAUACAGAAGAAACUGCUAAAUUAAAACCCCUCAGUGACAAGUUAAUGGUAGGUGGUGGGUGCUGAUGCUCCAGGAAAAGAUACAGGAAAUGCUAUUAUAGAUGGAAAGCUAGUCAUGAUGGUCUCUGCUCAAUCCUCAGGAGGGAAAAAUGCAUUGUGGAACUGAGGUGGGACUUUUUCUGUUGCUUUUCAAGUAAAUGUCAGGUUGUCUUUAGUCUUCUGGAUUUUAGGGGCAAGGCUAUUCAGUGCCUUAGUGAAUGCUAGUGGCUUUCUGGCUUCAGAGCCAUUUACACCAGCAAGUUACACAUUAUUCCAAGUUGUGUGAUAAAGGUAUUGCCCUGAACUGAUUUUGGAUCAGAAGCCUUUUGUUUGGGGAGUGGGGAUGGUUUGUUUUCCUUCUUUUGGCCACUUUGUGUUAAAUCCAAGGAAGCAGAAAGACCAGCACUACCCUUUCCAGGCCAUGUUUUGUCUUUCCUUCUUUUAUGAGGACAAAGGAGAUUUGGCUUUGCUGCCUUUCCAAAGUAAAUUAUCCCAGUAUUUUAUUCUUCUUUUCCUGUUGCAGGUCUUCCACAGCCUAGAUCAUUCCUAUCACCUUAAGUGUUUCCAGUGGCUGUUCUUCCUCAAUACCUAGAGCAAAAAAUCUGAUCCAGUUCCUAUAAGUUUAAAAUCCAGUCAUUUCUUCCCCCAUUGCAGUUCCUCCUGCAGAUGCUCUGUCUGUUUCUGCUGUCCCCUGUGUCAAACCAGCCUUCAUCACUAUCUGGGGGGACUCCAGUCCUGGCCAGCCAUUUCUUCCAAGUCUCCUGGCCAUGUCCUGCUCACAUCUGCCUUCAGUUUUGGCUCAGGGACUGCCCUUAAUAUUCACAUCUGCAGACAGGAGUGUGAGGGUGUCACUUAACAAACAAUUAUUAAUAAUGAAAGCCUCACUAUUAGCAUUCAUAGCCUGCCCAGAGCCUUUUUCUCUUCUCCUCUCUAAGCAGGUUUGGAUGUGUAAUCCAAUUUCUGUGUGCAGAAAAUUGCCCCUAAAUCAGCACAGGGGGCUGGUGGUUCAGCUGCAGCUCUGACACCCUCGCAUUGUCACUGCUGGGGUAAGAGCUGCCAGGUGCUGCUCAGCCAGGGUCUGUGCCCUGGAGCUGCCAGGGUGCUCCACUGUCAUUGUUAUACACUCCAAAUAAGCCAGAACCCCUUUUUCUGACCUGGGAGGGAAAGAAAAAAAAGAAAGAAAGAAAACGAAAAUGAUCACUUUUAACAAACUGAUUUCACAACUCAUUUAUCAAGCCCUAGAGCAAGCCAUUUAUUUUAGCUGCUUUUUGCUCCGUGAAAAGCAGUGUGUUAAAAGGGAGAGGGGAGUUUGGAGAGCAGUGCCACCGCUCUCAGCAGCACUCUGCUGGGAGGCCUCCCUCUGGAACUCAGGGGUAGGAGCUGUUAUUUCUCCUGAAGUGAUUCCCACCUAAAUCAAAUGAUUUCUUUUGUCAAGUCUAAUAAGCACUGAACACCACAGCCUUUGUUUCACUACAGAUAUGAACGAAUGCCUCUAUACGGUACUUUCCAUUGCCAUGAAAUAUAUAUCUAUACAUAUGCAUAUAGAUAUGUAUGUAUAUAUAUGUGUGUGUGUGUAUAUAUAUAUGCAUAUAGAUAUGUAUGUAUAUAUAUGUGUGUAUAUAUGCAUAUGUAAUGGGGAGUGUAAUUAUUGCUCUACUCAAAAAAAGGUGACAUUCCACUUCAAUAUUACUUUUAAGUGCAGCUUUUAAGAGAAACCAUGUCUUAAAGGGAAGCUGGAAAGCACCCAAGAUGAUUUUUCCAUCACAUUCCCAGAUUAAACCCUGUAAGAAUUUAACCUGGGAGGCAUUGCUGGAACACUGGCUGCUCCUGAAGGUGUUGGCAUGUGCUGUGUGUGUCUGUCCUCAAACUCCAGCCUCCAUUUUGUACAUGAGUUUGACUGGAAGGCAAAAGACACACCUUUGUCUUGCUCCAAGACCCUGAUGGUAAAUUUUGCCCCAGUAGAUAUUUUCCCUUUGAUCAGUGUGACUCUUUCAACUUUUUUUUCCCUUUUAAUUUGUGUUAACUGAGUCUAUUGGGUGACUCCAGGAGGGCACACUCCAUCUGCCCAGCCCCAGAUCUUCCCUUUCAGCAGCAUGCCUUCUUCUCAUUUGUUUACCUGACUGCACUGGACCACUGUGAAGCAAUUACACAAGCAAUAAUGCAGGUGUUGCAUUUUUCUGUCAAUGCCUUUCGUGAGACAUAACUCUCCAUUGACACUGAAAAGUGGUAGGAGACCCAGAAGCUGCACUGUUGUUUACUGGCAAUAUAACCCAUGUCCAGUGCUCCUGCAGAGGUCCUCACUCCUCAGAGCAGUGGGCUGUCUUGGCCCAAUUUAAUUCAUAAGCCUGGAUUUUAAACAGUUUUGGAUCCCUUCACCAACACUCCAUCAAUCUUGCUUCCAUCAGUUUUGUGCUUUUGUUUAGUUUCAAGCUAGAAGAAAGUUUAAAGAAAUGUGCUAAGACUCCCAUAUAGGGUGAGUAAAUAUCCCAUAUAUUGCACAAAAAAUUACGACAAAAUGAAGGGAUUUGCUCUCACAUUGAACAGAAUUAAUAAGUUCUAACUGAUAAAUUAAAUAGUUACUAAGAACAGCCUGGAGCAAAGUUUCUGCAAUCAAACUGUUCUCUGCUUUUAAUUUAAAAAUCAGCAAAUAGUGAGGUACAUUUUACUGCCUUCUUUUAGAAGUGACCCGAAACUAAAAUAUGAAUUCUCUGUAUCAGGAGGUUUAUUGAUGUGAAAAAUCUAAAUUUCAGCAGCAUGUCCUGUGUUAGAUCACCUGCCUGUAGGCACAGGGAAAACCAAAGGCUGUUCACAAGAGAAACUCAUAUUAUGAAUGGUUUUAAAAUUCUUCAGAGCUCCUAUCCACUUCCAAAUGUCAGUAAUGGGGAGGAUCCAAAACCUUCCUGUGAACCCUGUCAUUUUGCAUGUUGAAAUCCUGGCUUGAAUUCAGGUCUCCACUUCAGCUUUCGUAAAUGUUAAUAUUCAAGUAGAACAAAAACCUUAGAGGCAAUUACAGCAUGAACAUCUCUUCUAGUUUAUGUAUAGUAGCUGAUAGCAACGUCUGCAAUAAUAAUCUGUGUUUAUACAUGUGCUGUACAAUGUAACAGUUGGGUACAAAAUUCCUUUUAACUGUCACAAGAAACUAACUGGAUUGAUGUCACUUUUUGCUUGUAUGAAUAUAAUUAUUUGCCUUGCGGGGACCAGUUCCACUUUUGUCAUGUUAUUUAUGAUUUUUGAAUAAAAUUGUGAUAAAUUAGGCUCAUUUCUAAGGUAAACAAUACUGGAGCCAAGCAGCUGUCUCUGGACAUGUGCAUGUUAUCACAGCUGAUAUCAAGUCCAAAUCUGAUUCCUUGCUUUGCUUGGACCUUUCUUUAACCUUUCAGGCUUAUUCAGGGAAAUGUGGACCACUCUAUUUUCUUAUUAAAUAUAUCGCUUUGUGAAAAGCUGAACUUAUUUUUUAAAUCCUUUCUUUUCUGGUUCAGAAAGACUGUAACAAUCAUAUUUUUCUAAACUGCCUAUUGCUUGUGUUGGGAAAUUAUAAAGAGAUAUAUAUUUUGCUCUACAGAUUUCCAUGUACUUUUGGAACUCUUUGUUUUCAUAGAUAAAUCCUCCUGUUUGCUAGAAUUAGCUCAAAAAGCUGUAAGCUUCUGUAUACUGACUCUGUGAAAUUCUGUACAAAUGCAGCUGCAUCAAAAGACUGACUUUAUGUUUUAUGUAAAUUGUUGGAGCUAAGUCAUCCUGAGUGUUAUGCCACGCAAGAUGUACAAAAAGAAAUCAGGUCAUUGUUUUGAAAGGCUGGACAGUGUUAUGUCACACUGCCUCAAAGUCCCAGAUGAAAAUCAGGAGAGUUUCUGCUAGAAAAGGUACCAUUUUGGGCCCUGAGGCUGUAGAUUUUUUUACACUGUUUAGAACCUUAUUUGAAAAUUAGUCCCAUGAAACUUCAUGAGAAAUAUUAAAAAUAAGGGCCUGUGGUGUGUGAGUAGCUAUGUUAGAAUAAGGACCUUUUCUAAUGAAGAACAGGCCCUUUUAAGUAGUUAAGAGACUAUGAUUUGAGUAUUUCAGGACAACUUCUUGUGUUCUUUUCUGAGCUGUGGACUCCUCCUGUGUAUUGUGGAGUUAUUCCAUAGCUGAAAUGCCAGAUUAAAUUGAUUUAAGCCCCAUGAGCAGAUGAACAUAAUAGAAAGCUGCAGUGAAAUAUUGCAGAAAAUGGCCUGAUUUCACUCUUCAGAGCAAUAGUUAAAGUAACUCACAGCCGUGGCUUCUUUGCACCUGUGAAGCAGAGGCCCUUGUUUUGUACCUCAGCUGUGGCAUAACAUGGAAGGAUUUCUGCUCUCUGCUUGGAAAAUACUGUCUAUUCCUCAUCCUUGUCAAAGCAUAAUAUUUCCCAAGUAAAAAACAAUAUGAUUCUUCAAGACUCACAGGGGAGUUAAGGGGCAGCUGGAACCUUCUGUGAUCCAGCCACAUUAUUCCAAAAGUUUAUCCCUCGAUGACAAAUAAAAUAUGAUGUGACUUUGCUGUUUGCAAGCAGGAUCAAGAGACUGGAAAUUCAUCAUCCCAAGCCCUUGCCUGUUCUGUGACGCUUCAGUGUUACCAAUGAACUGUGUUGAAUUGGAUUAUAAAAUCAGAGUAUUUUAUUGCAUGUGUCCUUUUUUGAAAUGAAAAUAUGGUUGUAUUUGAUGUUGCAGUUAUAGUGCAGUAAAUAAACACAUGUGCGUUUCUUUUUAA